AUGUUUUUAUUUGUUGCGAUUGCCUGCCUUCUUGGAGCCGCGACCGCCGCUCCAUCCGGCUUCGGAGGACUUGGUGUCGUCGCAGUGGACAGUUAUUCCCCCCCACGCUAUGAAUUCAACUACGCCGUAAAUGACCCAUCCACCGGGGACAACAAAGCCCAAUCCGAGGUGAGAGAGGGCGACGUCGUCAAGGGCUCAUACUCCCUUACCGAGCCCGACGGUACCUUGAGAGUUGUUGAAUACACCGCGGACGCAGCGCGCGGUUUCAACGCGAUCGUCAAACGGAUCGGCGGUGCGAGCCAUCCACAGACCGUUCAGCUUGCCCCAGUGGUCACCAAACAAAUCGUUGCACCGGUCGUUCAACAGGUUGCAGCACCAGUCUAUGAACAAAUCGCUCCGAUCGCGGCACCUAUCAAUGAUUACUCCGCGGGUCUCCUAAAUCUUGGAAGUUGGGGCAAUGGAUGGAGCUUAGGUGGACUAAACUCAUGGGACCUUGGUGCACUCGGUGACGGGCUGAAUGUUGAUCGCGGUCUCGGCGGAUGGAAACACUAA